AUGGCGAAGGCAAAAGACCCGUCGACCUCUGCUGAAUCCGAAGCACCUACCGACGAUGCUGCAGAGGAAACUACCAUCGCCGUCAAGGAUGAUGAGCAGCGGGAGGAAAAGCCCAAAGUGGGCAACUAUUGGAGAGUCCUUUCACAUAGAACGUCAACCGACAGUGCAGGCCUUCUCAUUGGGAUUCUUUGCGCCGUCGCCUCGGGCACAGCACUCCCACUGAUGAAUAUUGUCUUUGGCAAUUUGGUUGGCGACUUCAAUGGCUACUUCGUCCCAGACAGCGGUGUGACUGAGUCAGAAUUCAAAAGCUCGGUCAACAAGAAUGCCCUAUACAUCUUCGCCUUGUUUAUAGCCAAGUUCGGCUUGACCUAUGUCUCAAUGUUCUGCUUCCGGACGACGGGACUUCGAAUAUCUGCCAACUUGAGACUGGCCUAUAUGAAGUCGCUUUUUUCACAACCGAUCAAGAGGUUGGACGAGGUUUCAUCGGGCACGGUGACAAACACGAUCACCACUUCUGCCAACACGAUUCAAAUGAGUAUAUCGGACAAGCUUCAUUCCCUGUUCAUGUCCCUCGCCCUGAUAAUUUCAGCCUAUGCCGUUGCAUUUCGAUAUUCGUGGGCCAUGACACUGGUGACGAGCUCAACAUUACUCUUUGUGCUGGUGGUGUAUUCCAUUAGCACGCCCAUAGUCCUCAAGCAGAUGCAGCAACUGGAAAAAGCGAAUGAAAGAGCAGCUUCGAUAGCUGGAGAGAUUUUCAGCUCAGUUCGAGCAGUCUUCUCGUUAGGCGCAGAACCAGCCUUGACCAGGAAGUAUUUCUCAGCAGUGGGAGAUGCCAAAAAGCAUGGCCUCAGCAUGUCUAUGCAGAUGGGCAUUCAACUAUGGCCGAUAUACUUUUCCAUAUAUUGCAGCUUCGCCCUGUCCUUCUGGUUUGGCUUGAAACUCUUACGUGAAGGCCACAUCGACAACAUCAGCACCGUCAUAACUGUCUUCUUCUCCAUUCUCAUAGUCGUCGGCGUUUUGGGCACCCUGGUCGCACCUCUCAUUCUAAUGCAGAAAGCCAUUGGUGCUUCGACCGAAUUCUUUGCAAUGAUCGAUUCCCCCAGCUUGUCUUAUGAAGGCUUGGACGAAUCGGACGUGAGCUCCCACCAAGAUAUCGAAUUCAGAGACGUCUCCUUUGCCUAUCCCUCGCGACAACAUGUUCCCGUUCUGCAAGGUUUCGAUGCCUCUUUUCCGAAUGGCAAAACGACUGCUCUGGUAGGUCCUUCGGGCAGUGGCAAGAGCACAAUCGUCGCAUUAUUGGAGCGCUGGUACGAACUCAGACCGGACAAGGAUGGCGAAGAGGAGGCACAUAAGUCUCGGGCCAUGAACCACGGCGCAAUCUUUGUGGGUGGUCAUAAUAUCUCCGAUACGAAAUUGAAGUGGUGGCGAUUGCAAAUUGGACUUGUUCAGCAGGAACCAUUUAUCUUCAACGAUACAAUCCUUAACAAUGUCUCCUUUGGCUUACUUGGUACCAAAUGGGAGAAUGAGAGCGACGAGCUGAAAAGACAGCGUGUGGAAAAUGCCUGCAAGGAAGCUUUUGCAGAUGAGUUUAUACGUCAGCUUCCAGACGGAUAUCUGACCAAAGUCGGCGAAAGCGGCAUCAAGUUGAGCGGUGGUCAGCGUCAACGUCUGGCCAUCGCCCGCAGCAUCAUCCGCGAGCCUGUCAUUCUAAUCCUCGAUGAAGCAACAAGUUCAAUCGACGUCCGUGGUGAGAAGAUAGUGCAACAAGCUCUGGAUCGAGUCUCCCGAAAUCGCACGACCAUAGUCAUUGCACAUCGGCUUUCCACAAUCCGAAAAGCCGAUAAAAUCGUCGUCAUGCGUCAAGGGCGCAAAGUUGAAGAAGGCACCCACGACACACUUCUGUCCAUUCCGGAUGGCGUUUACGCCGGUCUCGUACAUGCACAGCAGCUAGAGGCAGAGACGGCGCCUCCAAUGACAGACGCCGAUGAAGGAUCUAUCGAUGCCGUGGAACGAAUCGACACAAUAGCUUCCACCAAACAGACUGCGGAAGUGUCAGCCACUGCCUACAAACGCAAAGGCUUAAUAGGCUCGGUAGGGCUCUUUUUCUACGAGCAGCGGCGUCAUUGGAAGAUAUAUGUUGUGCUUGUUGCAGGUGUUUUGGGAGCGGCAGCUGGGUACCCAUUGCAGAGUUACAUCUUCGCCAACCUUAUUGAAGUGUUCACUUAUACCGGAAACAAACUCAAGUCCCGCGGUGACUUUUGGUCGUUGAUCUUCUUCAUCCUCGCCCUCGGUGUUGGUCUUUGUUAUUUCACGCUGGGCUACGUCUCCAAUUACAUAUCAGUGCUCGUGGGAACCACAUAUCGACUUGAAUACUUUCAAAACAUACUUCGUAACCCGAUCCCAUUCUACGACCGAGAGGGCAAUUCAUCCGGCUCUCUAAUGGGUCGUCUCUCCACAGACCCCAAAGUGCUUCAGGACCUACUGGGCUUCAACGGCAUUUUCCCUGCCAUUGCUGUCUUUAAUGUCAUUGGAUGCAUCGCCAUCUCCUUCACGUACGGGUGGAAAUUGACCGUGGUCGUCUUGUUCUCUGCGAUGCCCGUCAUUUUGGUAGCAUUCAUGGUCCGCAUCCGAUUCGACCUGACCUUCGAGGAGUGGAACAACCAGGUCUUUUCGCAAAGCUCGCAGUUCGCCAACGAGGCCAUCGGUGCCUUCCGCACAGUCACCUCACUGACCAUGGAAGACACCAUCAUCACCAAAUAUCAGACGCUGCUGCGCGAUCAGAUCCGCAAAUCAACACGAAAAGCGACCUAUGCUGCUCUUGUCUUUGCUCUAUCCGAUAGUCUCGAACUCUGCUCAAUCGCACUGACAUUCUGGUACGGUGGCCAGCUCCUUGCAUCUCACGAAUAUACCACUACUCAGUUCUUCGUCAUCUACAUCGCCCUCAUCAUGGGUGCCCAAGGCGCUGGCCAAUUCCUCAGUUUCGCACCUGACUUGGCCAACGCCACCGCGGCCGCCAACCGUAUUCUCGACAUCCGACACGAAGUCGCCGAAAAUAAACGCAAGACCUCCACGCGCCCACACUCCACACUCACCCCCUCCCGAACCGGUGCCAAAAUCGACUUCCACAAUGUGACGUUCCAAUACCCGACCCGCAACACUCCCAUUUACCGGCGACUCAAUAUCUCCAUACCCGCAGGACAUUUCGUAGCCUUCGUCGGUCCAUCCGGCUGCGGUAAAACAACAGUCAUAUCGCUCCUGGAGCGCUUCUACGAGCCCAGCGAAGGCACGAUUCUCUUCAACGACACAGAUAUUCGCGACUUAGAAUUAUCAUCCUACCGUCGGGCCCUGUCCCUGGUGGCCCAAGAACCCAAACUCUUUGACGGCACGAUCCGCGAGAAUCUCGUCCUGGGUCUGUCGGACGGUGAGGCUGCCCUUGACGACGCCAAAAUUGUCCGCGCCUGCCAAGCGGCAGAGAUCCAUGACUUCAUCACCUCCCUACCAGACGGGUAUGCGACACCCUUGGGCAUCAACACGCAAACAUCGCUCAGCGGAGGACAGAAACAGCGCUUGUGCCUUGCCCGUGCGCUGCUCCGGGAACCCAUGCUCCUCUUGCUCGACGAGGCGACGUCCAGUCUCGACUCGCAGUCCGAAAAGCUCGUGCAGGCCGCGAUCGAGAACCUGGCAGGCCAAAGAAGCAUGACUGUGAUUGCGGUCGCGCAUCGUCUCGCUACAAUCCAGAAGGCAGAUCUGAUUUUUGUGUUUGGCGAGAGCGAAGUUGGAACGGGGUCGAGAAUUCUGGAACACGGUACGCAUCAUGAUUUGUUGCGGAGGAGGGGGGCGUAUUGGCAGAUGGUAAGCAUUGAGCUCCACAACCCCUUACCCAUACAGUACCCGCCUGUUUUGAAAAGCCUCGUGUUUUGUCGUUCCUUGGGUCUUUCGUGUUUUCAUCCACCGAGUAGCGCCCAAAAUUGA